CCGCUACCUUGAGAUUCGGGUAUUUUACCGAUCGAAACCUAAAGAGUUUGGGAGGUAUAUAGUCAUAGUUGUAUGGCACCAGUAUUAGGAUGACCCAGUCUACUGUAAUACAGCAUACUGUGUUUUACAACGUUAAUUUAAAAAAAUAAAAGGUUUUAGAUGCACUCGGGAUUUGCAGAAAUUCAGUUGUAGAAUCAUUGCGAUGUUUCUUUAUGUAUUCAAGGACGUUAUACGUAGCAUGCCUCUAUAAAAAGCCAUUGCACAUUUCUAUUGUAUUAUAAAAUGUAUGAAAAUGAAAUGUACUCGAUUGCUCAGCUUAUUGUGUUCUGUAACACUUUGUACUAUAUUAUGCAAAUUGGUUCAACCUUGAAGGGUACAGUCAUAUAUGCAGAAAAUGGAAUUGUCCUACUUGUAAUUAUGUAUAUAAAGCAAAUGAAAUUUGUGUCUUUUUUUCUCUCAAGCCAUCAAACAACAGUUCCCUUCUUUAAUAUUUUAAAAUGGUCGUCUUAAAAUCAGCCUUCCUUGCCUCUCUUGUCGCCUUCACUUGUGGUGCUAGUGCUUGGACUGUCAAAGAAGCUCUUUCUGGUGAAAACUUCUUCAAUGGCUUUGAUUACUUCACUGGUGCCGACCCUACUCAUGGCUUCGUCCAAUAUGUUGACAAAGCCACUGCUAAGGCCAAGAAUUUGAUUUAUACUCAAAACGGUCAAGUCAUCAUCAAGGCUGACAAUAGCACUGUCACUCCUAAUGGCCGUCCUUCCAUUCGUUUGACAUCUCACUACACUUUUACUACUGGUCUGGUUGUUCUUGAUCUUGAACACAUGCCUACUGGUUGUGGUACCUGGCCUGCCUUCUGGACAUUGGGUACUGGUACCUGGCCCAACAAUGGUGAAAUUGAUAUCAUUGAAGGUGUCCAUAACCAAGCUCAUAACCAAGUUACUUUGCACACCAGUGCCGGUUGUACCAUGGAAGGCGUCUCUCGUUCUCAAACUGGUAAAGUUUUAACACCCAACUGUGACGUCAAUGCUGGUGGACAAGCUGCCAAUGCUGGUUGUGGUGUUGAAGCUCCUAACACUAAUACCUAUGGUGCUGGCUUGAAUAAUAUCCGCGGUGGUGUUUAUGCUACUCUUUGGACUAACCAAGGUAUUCGAACUUGGUUCUUCCCUCGUGGCUCUAUUCCUUCCGAUAUCACCAAAGAAGCUCCUAACCCUGAUGCUUGGGGUAAACCUAUUGCCAACUUUCCCUUCGGUAGCAACUGUCCUUCUAGCAAGUUUAAGAACCACAAUGUUAUCUUUGACUUGACUUUCUGUGGUGACUGGGCUGGUUCUGUUUACGGCAACUCUGGUUGUCCUUCUACUUGUGUCGACUAUGUUCAAAACAACCCAAGCGCCUUCUCUCAAGCUUACUGGAAAAUUAACUCCUUGAAGAUUUUCCAACAAUAAAUUUUUAUUUUAUUUUAUUUUA